CACCCCUCGUGACUCAUUCGGAUGUCUUCGAUGGAAGAGCGGAUGGAAUUAGGCGUCGCGGCCGCCCCGGGCUCCUCAUCUUCGGGGCUGGGUGUCGGUCCUGUGGGGGGUGUCCUGGAUGCGGGCCCAGGGAGCGCAGGACUGGCCGGUAUCCAGGAGGAGUCCGGUGUGCGGAGAGACGGUCCUGGUUCCGAGGCCGACCCGGACGCACCGCCUAAGAAACGCGUGAGGCACCAGGAAGGAGAGGCGGGGAAGCUCGAGGAGCGCCUGUACUCGGUGCUCUGCUGCACGGUGUGCCUGGACCUGCCUAAAGCCUCGGUGUACCAGUGUACAAACGGGCACCUGAUGUGCGCCGGCUGCUUCAUCCACCUGCUCGCUGACGCGCGCCUCAAAGAGGAGCAGGCCACGUGUCCUAACUGCCGCUGUGAGAUCAGUAAGAGUCUGUGUUGCAGGAACCUGGCGGUGGAGAAAGCCGUGAGUGAACUGCCCUCUGAGUGCAGCUACUGCCUCAAACAGUUCCCUCGCUCCGGCCUCGAGCGCCACCAAACAGAGGAGUGCCAGGACAGAGUGACGCAGUGCAAGUACAAGCGGAUUGGCUGCCCAUGGCACGGCCCGUUCCACGAGCUCAGCGCUCACGAGGCCGAGUGCUGCCACCCGUCAAAGACCGGCAUGGAGCUGAUGGGUAUCCUGGAUGAGAUGGACCAGAGCCAUCGCAGAGAGCUACAGCUCUACAACAGCAUCUUCAGCCUGCUGUGCUUUGAGAAGAUCGGUUUUACAGAGGUGCAGUUCCGGCCCUACCGCACCGACGACUUCAUCACACGCCUGUACUACGAGACGCCUCGCUUCACCGUGCUCAACCAGACCUGGGUCCUGAAGGCACGGGUCAACGACUCGGAGCGCAACCCCAACCUGUCCUGCAAGCGCACGCUCUCCUUCCAGCUCAUCCUGAAGAGCAAAGUGAACUCUGCCCUGGAGUGCUCCUUUCUGCUGCUGAAGGGCCCGUACGACGACGUGAAAAUCAAACCCGUCAUCCAGCACCACGUCUUCUCCAACGACGCCAACGAGACCGAGUACGCCCUGCUGCCCAUCAGCGACAGCGUGGAGUGCAACAAGCUGCUCGCGGCCAAAAACAUCAACCUCCGCCUCUUCAUCUUUCAGAUCCAGAAAUAGAGGCACGGGACGACGGGGGCGGAAGAAACGGAUCAGGCGACGGGCGAAGGAGGAGGGGAUGGAGUGAACAAAGGUGAAGCGAAGAGGGCGACGAGCACCACUGAACCACAGAUACCUCUACGGGAGCAAAAGAAGGAUGAAUACAGCCCAUCAGUACUGCGGUAGAUCGUUUGUGUGUGUGUGAGUGUGUGUUGUAAGCUUUCAGACCCUCUACAGCCAAAAAAAAAAAGUCAACAAUCUCACCCUGCUGAUCUCCCAUCGGGCCUGAAUGAACAACACCAAGAGUCUGGGACUGUGUUUGUGUGUUUCUGGGCCUGUUUGUGUGGAAAUCAGUCAGUAAUGACCAAUGAGGCGAGUGUUUUAAGGAAUGAGACUGAACGAGUGCUAGAGAUAGAGACAGGUGCGACCGAUCAUUCAGGCAGCGUUCAACUCUGCGUUUGUGUGUUUUCACACCUUCCUCUUGAGGUUUACCCACACAGACGCAGGGGCUGCAACUGCUUUAAGUGUAUUUUUGUAUGUGAAGGUGGCCAUUUUCAUCAAAGCGCAGCUGUAUAGUCAGGCUGAACAAAAUGGCUGCCGAUCCCACAACCCGAAAGAUGCGAUUUGCAUGUUUUUUAGUUUCUCUGUGUGCCCUCUGGAACGCACACCUUUAGUUGCGUAGCAUCGUAGCCUUGUAAUCUAACUUAAGUUUGAGCUUUUUAACACAUUUAUUUAAGAACCUGUGAAUCUUGCCCUUUUUUCCUACUUUGAAUUUUUCCCGCACUCUUUUAACCCCCCCAUUUUGUGAACACAGGUACAUUUCUCCUGACAUGUCAUGAUAUUUAUAUUUAUUGCUUUUAUUUAACCUGCAUUAAAGGUAACAGACUUUUCACACUCACUCAACACAGCUAAACUGGAAAGAUUUGAUUGUGAGGCAGUGUAACAGACCUUCUUCCACCCUUUUCCAUAUACACACACAUAAACAGACGCAAACGACCUUCUUUCAUACCUUCAUUUCUUUCUCACACACACUAAGCUGGGGGUACAAAAGAGCCAGUGGGGUAAUCAGAUUUCAGUUCAGAUGAACGCAGCUGUGACUUAGUUUUGACAUGAACUCAUGAACGACAGAGCGAGCAGUUGAGCUGAUCUAGCAGAGACUGUCACUUCUGAUUAGGGGAGUUUAGUUUAAAACUGUUUCUGCAUUUAAAGGCUUUUAAUUCUCACACUCUGGCUGUAUAUGUGCCUUUCUAUUAAAGCUCAUUUAAACUUGUG